AUGAUGGCUCUCAAGCGUGCCGUCAACCUCAACCCCCAAAGUGUGAGAAAGAACAAUGUCCCUCCGAAACGAAAAAGUACAGAAGGUAACUCAGAAGCACCGUCAAUGACACGACGAGCACAAGCUGCACAUGCUCGAUUACAACCGAAUAACUUACUUGCUAAGGCUAAUGAGCACUAUCAUAUCCAGUUGGGACCAGGAAAAGCCGCUUACGAGGUUCAAAACGAGAAGGAUGGUUGCUAUCUGAGGAGAACUGAAAAGCACGUCAAAACUGAUUGGUAUUGUUGUUAUGCGGUUUCAUUAUUUGUUGGAUGCCGUUCUUCGUCAUGUACCUGA